AUGUCGGGACUUGAGACUGCUGUCGCUGCCAUGAAUGUGGCCGAGAUGACCCUUAAGGUCUUAAAAGUCGGAAUCCUCUUUCAAGUCGACAAAUUCGCAUUUUUGCACGGGAGGAACCUUUUUUCCCAGUUGCCUGAAGAAACUUGCAAGAUUAUUCGCCAGCUCUUCCUCGAACUGCUUCAGGUGCUCUAUGUCCACUUCGCCAUAGAGCAGCAGUACGUUGAAACCGCCGAAGAGAGUCCAACAAAGGUGAAAAAGGAAGGGAGCACGCAUCUCGGCCUGACCUCCGACGAGGAAAGACUGGUCUUCGCCAACUUCAACAUCGACAAUCAUGGUCUGCCAGCGUCUCAUCGCCCUUCGUCAUUGCUGUCCCUGUCGUCCUGGCGCUGGGCAUUACAUGGGAAGAAGAGAGCAGCUAGGGUCAACAGUGAGUUCGAAGACUGGCUCAAACGCACGAGGGAGACAUUGGAGGACUUUUGGUGGCCAUUACCAUUCCUGAACAAUAUUCCCAACCUGGACGCCCUGACGUCCGAUGCAGAUGCGAGAGAAAUGGGCACGGCCCAAACCGCUGCCCUAAGAAAACUUCUUCUCAGCGAUACCACCUCAGCAGAAGACCCAGUAACCGACUGGAGUGCCGUCAAAGACAUCACCGCCGUUGCGGGAAAGGCAGUGGGGACACUAUACGGCCAGACAGUCCUCGUGGAGACGCUGAACUUCCCCCUGGACGAGGACGGCCAGUUUACCGAGCUCCUUCACAAAAGAUUCUCGAAAAUCGUUCAGCUUCUCAAAGCGCAACAGGAUCCCGAUUUCCGCGUUCUGCAAGGGCUCAAGUACGCGAGCAAGAUCGGCGAAUCGAAAGGCGAGCUAAGGCUCAUCUCACACUUUCCCGUCGCCUCUCCGCUCCACGUGAAGACCCUGCGACAACUCUAUCGAGACGUUGCCUUGGCGCAACGACCGUCCUUGGGCCUCCGGUUCAAAUUGUGCAGCCAGCUUGCGGAGUCCGUCUAUCUCCUCCACUCGGUGGAUUGGGUGCAUCACGCCCUACGGAGCGAUAAUGUGUUGGUGCUCUUACCAUCUCAUACUCCCAGCCGGGAAAUUCUCCAGGCGUCGGAACUUCGUAUCUGUGGGUUUGAGGCUGCGCGGCCCGAGUCUGACACCUCAAUGGGACCGUACGACAACGCGAUCGCAAGGAACGUGUAUCGACACCCUGAGCGAUGGGGUACCCCACGAGAGAUGUUCCGUCAGAGUCAUGAUAUUUACGGGCUUUGGGAAGCCGCAGAAGAUUUGAUCUCGAGGUUGCGGGAUAGUCAAAGAACACCAAAACACGUCAAAGCACUCCUGCGGAGCCAGGUUGACGAGCGACUGGUGCAUCAGUGUGGCGACAUAUUCGCCACCGCCGUCCGUCGGUGUCUUGAGUGGCACUUCGACGUAGAAGUGCCAUCUUCUGCGUCGGAUCAGCUGCGCAUUCACAGGGGCCUAGCGGAGCAGGUGGUUAACCCACUGCGUUCGCUUAAAGAGGCUGUCCAAGUCACUAUAACGAUUACUAUGACGGCUUCGAACUUGCAAUCUGAACCAUGCAGUGCAAUUUAUCCCUACGUUCUUCUCUCUACAUACCGCCUUCUCGUGUGCCAGGUUUGUAGGUUCGCCUCUGUAGCCGAUGAGGUUGCUACGCAUUUGAGAACACGACAUCGCGAUAUACAGCCAGGGCAUCGACAGGAUCUGGGUGUAUUGACUGCCGGAGCUCAGAUUGGCGUUUCACUGUCUAUGAGCUAUGCUCUGGAUUGUCAUAAAGAGUUAUCCGUUGAGUUGAUGGUGACAGUAGCAUCUCUCAAAUCCCUCAUGGCGUGGAUAUGGACAUGGGUCAUCAACGACUGGAUUGUAAGCAGUGGCAUGCUUAGAGUUUAUAUGACUAUCGCUGCAAUUAAUGUUGCCAUUCACUUGACGACGAUUGGUCUCUACUUGAGAGGCAAGGCAAUUCGCAUUUGGCUAUACGAGAAGGACUUUCUCCGCAGGUUCAAGCUCGACUAA